GACCAGACGCCAGGAGGGAGUUUUCCACUGACGAAAAAGGCUGCGCUUCUCGGCAGUCUGCUACAGACAAGGGAAGCGCUUCAGCUGGUACGGAGCCCCGUACGGCGGAGACACACAGACAAUAGCACCGAGAGCUGUCUAUAUGCGGGGAUAAGCGCUGCAUUUCUUCGUGUCAUACUGGAUUACUCCACUGUUAUCACAUCGGCUGUUUAUCCAACGCUAUUCAGUCCCUAAUGGUGAUCGGAUACUUGACUUGGUGGGACAGUAUGAGCCAGCUUGACCCGUUGCAAGGUGAUUCAUUCAUCAUAUGUGCACUGGGGACAACGAUAUCUGACUGCAGCAAUAACAACCCCCCCCAUACAGCUGCAAAGCUGCCCCCACUGCCUAUACAAAGAUUGUUCGAACUAACGCCAUGAGUGGGCUUCUCAAGAGGAAGUUUGAGGAGGUGGAUGAGGAUCCAUGCUACUCCUCACUCUCCUCCCUCUCCUCUGCCUGCUCAGGCUGGGACUCGGAGGGGGAGAGCUGCUACUCGGACACCCUGGAUUCCACUCCCAGCAACCCCAGCUCCCCAGCAACACAUUUCAACACAACAUCCAUCCUUAAGAAAGCCAAGAGAGCACGACGGGGCAACGUUACCUUUGACCAGGUGACAGUGUUCUUCUUCCCUCGGUGCCAGGGCUUCACCAGUGUUCCCAGUCGGGGAGGAUGCACUUUAGGCAUGAUGCAGCGCCACAGCACGCUCCGCACAUAUUCGCUUGCUGAGUUUGCUGUGGAGCAGCAGCUCCUACGCCGGGAAAAAUUCCUUAACAGACUCAGGGAGGAAAAGCUGGAGGCUCUCAAAUUGAAGCUAACUAAGAACGGAACCCAAGAGAACGAGGAGGCAGAACAGCUAACGGUGGACGACAUCCCUGAGCAGGACAUCGACAUCACUGGGGCCAAUUUGGAUGAGGUCUCUUUCCUCCAGCCCUACCCGCCAAAACGUCGCUACGGACUGCUCAAAGCAGCCGGUGUGAAGAAGAUCGAAAAGGAGGAGAAGCGGCAGCUGCAUGAACUGAGGAUCUCCAGGGAGAACUGCGGUUGCGACUGCCAGGGCUUCUGCGAGCCUGAGACAUGUAGCUGCAGCCUAGCUGGUAUCAAAUGUCAGAUGGAUCAUUCCUCUUUCCCAUGUGGCUGUACCAAGGACGGCUGUGGAAACACAGAAGGGCGCAUUGAGUUCAACUCCACCAGGGUACAGACGCAUUACAUUCACACUAUCAUGAAGCUAGAGCUGGAGAAGAGGCUGGAGGAGCAGUCGAGUACAGAGGAGGAGGAGGAGAACACAACCACCUUACCAGCAGUGCCCUCCUUCCCCUUUAGUUCAGAAUUGGCAGCAGCUGGAGAGAACAGUUGCAGCAGCGAUAUGACAGAUUUAUCAGACUCUUCAGGUCAGAGUGAGGACUCUGAGGCAGGCGAGAGCCGGUGUGAGCAUCGCACCCAGCUGGAUGUGGAUGAGAAAGGCCUGAGCCACAUUUUCAGUUUCAGUGACACAGAGAACGGCUCACGAAGUAUCAGGGACGGUGGGAACUGUAAAGACACUUGCUGCCCAGACCAACGGCAUGAACAGCAGCAGCCAUCUGCGGAGGCUUUUAGUAGCUUUAGCAUGGUGGACUUUGCUGACGACAAUGACAAUAUAGACGCCGCGCUGUUGGGCGAUCACACAGACAAUCGAGCAACAACCAUCUCAGAACUUUUGGAUGAGAACGCCAACCAGGAAAACGGCCUAUUCCAUAGCAGCAGUGUGCCGCGCACGCCCUCCCCUACCAUCGAUCGCUCUGCAAAUUAUAACAUGGACCUGAGCCUCUCCUCAGAGUCAGACCUGGAGUUCUUUGACGGUUUCCCCUGCUUGGGGCCCAGCUCGCUCUACAACUCCCUCAAGGAGUACGAACACAUGGACAACUUUUUUCAGUUUCAGUUGCCUAGUUACCCUAGCUUCCCUCCGGCGAGCGACCCCGGGACCUGCCUCCUGGAGUCGCUGAUUGGCCUUUCAGAAUCUGUCCCAGAACCCCCUGCCACAUUUACAGACAAUCAGCUGUUGGAGGAAGCCAUGAAGUUGUCUGUGAUGGAGUCUGUGAAAGUUUGACAAAACGUGAAAAUGUGUGGACAGUGCAAGAAAAAAAACAUGGGUUUUGGAGAGGACCGACCAUGCACAUAAGAAGUCAAUGUCAACGUGAUUUUUUUGAAGGAAGUUGUGAUUUCCUUCUUGCCUAAUAAAUGUUUAAAUUCCAGACUUGCCUUCAAAACGUUAGCAAAGCAGUUUGGGAUGAUUGCUGUGUGAGAUGGCAGCUAGUGUUAAAAGUGAUACAAAUUGAGAUCAAUUUGCCCAGGCCCAUAUAAACCAAUGAUGGCUCUCAGUUCCUAAGAAAGCUCUUUUAACCAAACCCAGAUCACCAACCAUAUGCUAAACAGGAAUCAACCUUAACCAGGGCCAGGUUGGGAAUCUCAACACAGCUGAAUGUGCACCUCAGGGAUUUUUUCUAGCUUUCUAGCUUUUGGAGGCAAUGUAUGGUGACCAUUGCUGUGAUGGCCUUCAUAUGGAACUGAGUCAAAUCACAACAUAGUCCUGUUCAUGUCCUCCCUUUGGGCUUACACCCAGGUGACUUGAGUAGGUAGGGUCCUCCCUGUGUUGAAUCCUGAAGCUAGAUUACUCUUUCUUCUCAAGAUCUCUCCCAAGGGUCUUCUAUGGUACAAAAAAAAAAUCCCUCUAAAAGCUCCUCGAUCAGCACUUUAUCUGUGAAAAUAGUUAUGUAAUAGGCAUUGUUGUGGUUUUAUGGGGUCGAUUCAACAGUUCAACGCUAAAUUAUGGAGUUUCUUAUUUAUGAGCUGGGUAACUAGAAAUAAUGCUCAUACUAUUUUAAAGCUGUAGCUUGUAUUGUCUUUUAUUAUAACUUUUGUUUUUAAAUUAUUUCCUUUUAUGAUUUUAUUCUAUUUAUUUCAGAUAAAGCCUACUUUCACUCAAGAAGCACUGUGGUUUGAUAUUUUCACCUGAAAGUGCAAUCUUCCUUCCUUUUUUUCCAUAUCACAUUAAGUCAUUGUUAUGGGAAAUGGGACCACAAGUCCAUCAGAAAGUAUUUAAUAUCUAUUCUCUUUUACAUUUAGCAUUUUUGGGGAUAAUUUAUUAUGUCAUCACUUCAUUAGUUAUUUAAUUUAAGACAUUUUGGCAAUAAAAUGGGGUGUUGUGAAGUUUACUAGAUGUGCCUGCUUAUCAGGGGAGCCAUGCCUGCCAACGGUGUGUGCACAGUGCUUCCAUAUAAGCUUUGGGACUGAAAACUGUGGAAUCCCCCUAAUCACUGAAACUAAAUUAUGGGUCUAUUGUAUCGCUGCCUAUAAUGUAACCAUAGAAAAUUACACUAAUAUUUUGUAACUAAUUUAUGUAGCUUGACAAAAGAAUUCUAAUCACUGACAAAUUGAAUAUUUUAUUAAGAAACAAAAAUGAGUAAUUUUCAAUCUGGGAAAACCUUUGUAAUAUAUGAAUUAUAGAGAUAUGUAUACUUAUGAAGGUUAUCGCUCUCUAGCAUUCUGAAGUAUUUUUCAUAGGCAGUCUUAUGGUUAGAUAUAUUAGCGAAAUGCCACUAAAACUAAGUAAAUUGCAAAGAUCAAUUUGAUUGUAUUCUGAAUUUCUUGGAAGUCUGUGACUUGGGUUACAUUAUGUGAUAAUUACACAUGUAAAGGGUUUUUGUGGAUAAAAACUGCAUAUAUUAUACAUUUUUUAUCGCACACACAAACCCUGAAAAUUGAAGAGUUGCCUCAUUCAUGAUAGAACAACACCUUUCAAAGGUGAUUCUGCUGUCACUUGUGGGAACAGCUGAGGACACUAGAGAGUAGAUGUACAUAUCUCACCCUUUCUACAGCUGUUUUAACAACCUUUCUGGACCUUUUAGAAAUUAUGCAUGCAGGUCCUGUUUGUUAAAACUUCUUCUGAUUACUUGUAUACUUUGAAAAAGUGCUGAGUGCACAUUGGAAAUGUAUUAUUCGCUUUUUGCCUUUUUGAUUACUUUGAAAUCCAUCCGAUAUAUGUUCUUAUGCCAUGAAGAGGGCACUGAUUUUUGCAAGCAAACAUUUGUUUCUAUUGUAUAAAACAUCAAUUUUCAUGAAGAAAUGGCAACAGUAAGUGUUUAUCAAUGUAAUGUAUUACAGUAUAGCUUUUUUAAUUUUGUUUUCAAAGAACGUGUCUUACUUUUUGCCUUUUGUGUUGUACAUAUUUCUGCUUGAAUGGUCCUGCAGAGCAAACAGAGCAAACAAAGCUGCUUUAUUUUUUACAUAUUCACACCUUAACCUGCUGUUAAACAGUUUCUUUCAUCUAAGCCAUUUUGACAGCCUGUCCCUCCAAAUAAUAAAAAAAAAAACAUUUUCUAAAUGCUGUUGUUUGUCAUAUGCUGUUUUGUUAAAAUGAACUUUAAGCUACAUAAUAAACCUGAGUGAAGUUUAGAUUCAGAGGAUAAGCAAAUAUGCCCAUAUUGCAGUCUUUGAUUUAUCUUAUGCACAUUUUAUGUAGUCUUGGCUUCCUAACUGAAAAGAUGUUCAAUGGUUUCAUGUUCUAACCUACUAAAAUCACAUUUUCUGUAGCAUUAAAGGAAGUAAAUAGUC